AUGGAACUCUUCUUUGCGGAGGUAAUUUUUACUUCCUGGAAAAAGCAAUCGCGGACAGUUUGGAGUGACAGUCCGAAAAGAAUCAUUUGCUGCACAUCACAACCAUGUAACCAACCCUUGUACAAAGUUUGUAUGUCAUAUAAAGGGGGAUAAUUCUGUUGACUUUUGAGCACGGAAACCAAUUAUGACAAUGGGAGACAGCAACAAAGCCCUGUAUGCUAAAAUGAUAGUAGAUGUGGUCAUUGGGCCUGUGUUGGAGAGGCUUGAGAAGAAAGAUAUAUCAGUUGCUCAGACAUUAAGAGCUGCUUUUGCAAAGUGUGACAAUGCCCUGCCAGGGUUUACAUACGACUACAUGCGAGGGAUGCUACGGAAGGGUGAUAUCCACGACAGAUUUGACAUGUGUGCCACCCUCCUUUACCUGGGAGGCUCACAAGAUUCUGAGGAAUUAAAGAUUAGCCGCCCAGAGCCAACAUUCCAGGAGCUCAGUAGAUGUGCCACUGCCCUGAAGAAGAUCCUCAGUCGCAUUCCAGAGCAAAUCUACAACAGGAAGCAGUUCCUAGAGACCAUUAAGGAAAUAGCCAGUGCUAUUAAACGUCUACUGGAUGCUGUGAACCGAGUGAUAGCAGAAGUUCCCUCCACUGAUAAUGGGAGCAAGCAGAUUUUGGAAGAGAGAAAGAAAGAGUUUGUAAGAUAUUCCAAGAGGUUCAGCAACACAUUAAAAGAUUUCUUCAGGGAUAAUAACCAGUCAUACUUUCCUGACGAACAAUUAGUAAAGGUGUCAUAUACAGGUUUUACUAUGUAUGUAUCGGAGAGAACCUUCGUGAUAAAUCAAAGUGUCUUCAUCAGUGCCAACUACCUGAUUUACCAGACCAACGUCAUCCUCAGAUGUGUCAAACAUGAAUGCUGUUGAUACCAAUGUUUUUCCUAUGGAAAACGACCUACAGAAUUCAUUGUGUUAAAAUGGAAAGUGAAACUUUAAGUAAUCACUGUGUUAACUAUAUGGAAAUUGAAACUAAUAGAAAUCACUGUGUUAGAUAUAUGGAAAAUGAAAGUUUCAGUGUUCCACAAACUGAUUUUGUUUUAUUAAAGAUUUAUUAUGUCUAUAUAAACUACCAAAUACCAGUAAGUUGUAAAAAGUUCAAGGCAUGGUUAAAUUAAGGGAUCUGUAUUAAAAAGCAAGUGAAAUGUUUUAUGUGAAAUUAAGAUUAUAUAGAUGUUUGUAUGAAAAUUGUGUAUAUCUGAUGUACAGUUUUAUAAAAAAAGAAAAAAUCCUGAUUUGAUAUGAUUCCAUACCUCAUUCUUAACUAUAGAUAGUAUCCACUUAAUGAACAUUUGUAUGUUCUAGAAAAUAUUUCGUUUAUGUUAGAUGAAGAUUUCAAAGUGCUUUGAAAAAAAUAAGUAUAUAAUAGUUUUCUUCCCUAUAAAAGUCCUGUUCAUGUCUCCAAGAAUUUCCACAUCUCUUUACAAUGUACACAUUCGGAAGUUAAAAACUUCCUGUUUUUGUUCCGUUUUACAGGCAUAAUGUACAUAUUGUAGCAGAGACUGAUGAAGUAUUGGGGAAUGAAAGUAUUGAGUGAAUGAAGCCAUGGGUUGAAAUUUUGAUGAACAUUUUGUAACAUAAUCAUUCCACAUUACAUGUACAAACUAUCACAUGUGUAACCCACAGACUCAGUUGGUGAUGGUGCACAAAUAUUCAAGCCAAUACAGUUUAUAAAACACCAGUUCAGUUUUAUUUUUUAAGUCCUAAUUGAGUAUGUAUUCAUACUUGACGUUACUGAACUACUGUUAUCAGAAUAUUUGACUAAGUUACCAGUAAGGACAUUUCUUUGUCUCAGAAAAUAUUUCAUUUAAACUUAUCACCAUAUUGAGUCAUUUUGAAUUAAAUGUUUACCUUAGAGAAACAAAGUUCUACGUGAAUGGUUUCAUUGGAACAUUUGUUAUCAAACUAACAUAGGAUUUUAAUUAUUGUGACUGAAGUUUCUGAGGUGGAACUAUGCAUAUAUCAGUUUUACAUUGUAUUCGAGUCAACAGGCUCUAUUUGUUUUAAAUAUCUUCUGCGAUCAAAAUGGUUUGUUACACUGUAAGUUGGAGACUUAGAAGUGAUGCUACAUUCAUAUUCUGUAGAGUUGAUUUAUGUUCUUAUUAUCAAAGCCUAUAUUGUAUUCUCUUGAUGAUUUGGAUGCACAUAUUGUACUGAAAAGUUAAGAUGUCCUGCUGUCCAUGCAAUAUAAAUUGUAUCCUGAAUCUU